AUGUCUUUGAUUGACGUUAGUGAUGAAAAAAAACUACAGAAAUUGAUAGAAAAUGAAAGCAAGUUAGUGGUAUGUUUUUCGUCCCCUGCUGUACCUCAAUGUACCCAAGUAUAUGAUGCCCUUACAACGCUCAAUGAGGACUCACUCAACUCAGGAAUUACGUUUGGAAAUGUAGAUGUGGGAACGGUUUCUGAAACUGCGAAGAAGCUAAAAAUUACUUCUGUUCCUACAGUCUUGUUUUUCCAACUAGGUAAAGAAACCAAUCGUGUUUGUGGUGCAAGUAUUCCUGAUAUUACGAAAUCCGUUUUCAGUUUACGAUCAGCAUCGACUAAUGCUUCAGCUAACGAUCUUUCAUCUCGCCUACAGUUCUUAAUUAAUAAGGCACCUAUUAUGCUUUUUAUGAAAGGCAGUCCUGACGAACCUCGAUGUGGCUUCAGUCGCCAAAUUGUUCAGAUUUUGCGUUCGAACAAUGCUAAAUUUGAAACAUUUGAUAUUUUACGUGAUGAAGAAAUCCGGCAAGGUUUGAAAACUUACUCGAACUGGCCAACGUAUCCUCAGUUAUAUGUCAAAGGAGAGUUAGUUGGUGGGGUAG